AUGGGUAGCCUUGUUCCAGCGCGCCACCCAAACAUCGUCGGCUACUACGACUACUUCACGCGGCUACACGACGGCGAGGAGCUCCUCUGGAUCGGCGCGCCCCUCAGCGAGGCGGAGGCGGCGUUGGUGCUGACCGCGCUGCGCUACCUCCACGUCGAGUUGCGCGCGCUCCACCGCGACGUCAAGGCGGCCAACGUGCUCCUGACCGCCUCGGGCGCCGCCCGAGCGAACUCGAGCGCACUCGUGUGGACGCUCUCCUCCAGAGAUCAGCGAGGCGACUCACGCACGCCGCAUUGGAUGGCGCCGGAGGCGUUUGCGGCUGUUGACAUCUGGGGGGUUGGCAUCACUGCCAUCGAGCUGAUGUCGAUGAAGCCGCCCUGGUCCUCCCUCUCCUCCGUCUUCGACAUCAUCCUCGCCAUCGUAAACAACCCGCCGCCCGAGGCGGAGGGCUCGCCCGUGCUGCGCGACUUCGUGAGGUGCGCGCUCGUCAAGGACGCCGUCGCGCGCCCCUCGGCCGACGUGUUGCUCAAGCACAAACUCGUCGCCGGCGCGCGCAGCGACGCGCUUGCGGCCGUCGUCAAGAAGGGGGCGCCCAAGAUUGGCGCGCUCUAG